AUGCAUUUGAGACGUCCAUUCACUGAGGUCGUGGCCAUUCAGACGGACAUCGUCCAGCAUCUCAAACAUAUCGACUCCUGGACUGCCGAUCAGGUGCCAGAUUCUGGGUUGUCCAAGAGGGCCAUGCUCUGGCCUGUUGUCCGUCCAGAGCCGUUUGGUUUCGCUCUCAUCAUCGUGCCUUGGAACUUCCCCGUCUCGCUGCUGCUGCUGCCCUUGGUUGCCGCCAUUACUGCCGGAUUUGCGGCCAUCCUGAAGCCGUCGGAAAUGACACAAGCCUCACAGGAUCUCCUGGUUGAUCUGAUCCCAAAGCGCAAGUUCGAUAACAUCUUCUUUACUGGAUCUGUCAAUGUGGCCCGUCAUGUUGUCAGAGCAGCCGCGAAGCAUCUCACGCCGACAGUGCUGGAAUUAGGAGGACAGCGUCGGGAAAUUAUUUGCCUCUCGGCCAACCACGUUUUUGCGCAUCCCUCCGUGCAGAAGAAGCUCGUCGAGCGGAUGACCUUCCACUUCAAUGAGUUCAAUGAGAAGGGUGGCUCUGAUGGCAUGAUGCACGUCGUCAACCAAAAGAAUUUCGAUCGGCUCAAGGAGAUUCUCGAGAAGAGUCAGGGAAAGAUUGAAUACGGAGGAGAACUCGAUGCGUCGCAGAACCGGAUUGCACCGUCUGCCUUGACCAAUGUCAAGAUGACUGGCAAACUGAUCAAGAACCUGAAAUCGCUGAUGCCGACCGUCCGCGUUAUAGUCUACCUCAACCCCUGGCCAUCUAGGAGGAAGUCGAUCAUGCUAAUCGCCCUAGUCAUUUUCUCCACCAUAUCCGGUGGCGUCACGGUGAACGGAGUCAUCACCCAUGCCACCGUCCCGGCAGCCCCGUUCGGCGGUGUUGGGGACUCCGGACAAUACUACCAUGGCGAGCACGGGUUUAAAGCUAUUACUCACUCCCGGGUCAUUGCAAGGCCACUGCUUUUAUAUUUCAAGUUUGCGUCGCUCUUGCUGCCACCGUAUUCAGCAGACCGGGUCAAAUAUGUGUCCGUCCGAAACAGUCCUGGAAUCCAGAGAGGUUGGUCUUUGGAGGACGAGAGGCGCGUUGCUACAAGAGGAUUUGUGGCCAAGAACUCAGUUCGUCUUCUCAAGAUAUUGGCCUGUCUAGCGGUUGUGGGAUUAAUCGAUUAUCGGAUGGAUCAACGACUCGGUGUCCUUCAUGGUGUGGAGGCUGUGGUGGUCUCUAUCUGGUCGAUUCUUGAAUUCUGA